AUGGGCCACUGGGUCAAACUCGCGGUGCCGUCGUCUCGCCGCGUGCCCUGCUCGCACAUAGUUAAAGCGGCGAUUAAGAGAGGGGAGGCCGGGGUGGAGCGAGGCCGGGUGCUGCAUCGGCUGCAGCUCAAGGAACACCCGGGAAGGGAUGGCUGCGCGGUAAAAUACGAUGCUGAUGUGGACCCAUGGGAUAUGCAUCCCGUGCCACGUGGCAAAUUCUCCUACUCCUCCUGCCGUGUGGAGUGGAUCAUCUACUCUUCUGACUGCGGACUCAGCAUGGUUCGAAUGGCGGAUUUCGCGCACAUGGCGGCCAUUCCGUUCGCCGUGGUGGGGGUGGGUGUGCCCUGGAGAGGCCAGGGCGGCCGCAUGCGGACUAUCCGAGACUACCUCCGCUCGCUGCCGCCCGACCGCAUUGUCAUUUCCACCGACGCCGAUGACGCGUUCCUCAUGCCAGGACCCCCAUGCCGCCCGGAGAACCUCGUCGAGGCGUUUCUCUCGCUCAACGCGCCCGUGGCCUUCGGAGGAGAAAUUUUCUGCUACCCGGAUUGGCGGAAAAAUUUGGUGUUUUACCCUCGAAAAAUCAACGAGACACAGAACUGGUUUCUGAACUCCGGAGCCUACGUGGGAUACGCGUGGGCCCUGGCUAAGAUCAUAGACGCGACAUACGUGGGAGACUGCAUGCAAGACCAGCGUGCAUACACCCUCGGGUUUAUCGGCCAGCAGUACCUCUUCAGGCACCUCCCCCGUGUGCCCUACCCUGAACCCAGUGACUUCGAAUCCGCCCUCAGCAGCAUGGGUAAUGUCACUGCGGCUGUGGCCGCCCAGGAAAAAUUCGCCGACUCACCGUUCCGCAAGCCGUGGCGCAACCCGCGCCCCGUGCGGUACAACACGACCAUGUCGCCGUUCCACCGGCUGCCGCCCGCGUCAGAAGAGAAGGUGAUCAGCGAGGCGAUGGAGGCGGGGCAGAAGGAUGCGCCGUCUGUCAUGGCUGCUCCGUUCAUGAAGCUGGAUCAUUACAACACGCUCUUCACUCACCUGGGGGGGUAUCCUUGGGAGGAGUUUGAAGUGGUGGGGAAGGGUGGAGAGGCGAUGGUGCGCGCGAAGAGCACAGGCGGCAUGGCAUGUAUUUUGCAUCAGCAGGGAGACAAGAUGCAGAAUCUGUCCAUGUACUAUGUGUUUGAGCAGGCCAGCUCUGUUUACCCCGCAAUCCCUUAUCCUUUGCCUGCGCCCUACUUCCCCCCUCCCUCUGCCCUGCUUCCCCCCUCCCUUUGCCCUGCUUCCCCCUCCCUAUGCCCUGCUUCCCCCCUCCCUAUGCCUUGCUUCCCCCCUCCCUUCGCCAAGCUUCCCCCCUCCCUUCGCCCUGCUUCCCCCCUCCCUCCGCCAGACUUCCCCACUCCCUCUGCCCUGCUUCCCCCCUCCCUUCGCCCUGCUUCCCCCCUCCCUCUGCCCUGCUUCCCCCCUCCCUCUGCCCUGCUUCCCCCCUCCCUCCGCCAGGCUUCCCCCCUCCCUGCGCCCUGCUUCCCCCCUCCCUCUGCCUUGCAUCCCCCCUCCCUCUGCCCUGCUUCCCCCUCCCUAUGCCCUGCUUCCCCCUCCCUCCGCCAAGCUUCGCCCCUCCCUUCGCCAAGCUUCCCCCGUCCCUUCGCCCUGCUUCCCCCCUCCCUCCACCCUACUUCCCCCCUCCCUCCACCCUGCUUCCCCCCUCCCUCCACCCUGCUUCCCCCCUCCCUCCGCCUGCUUCCCCCCUCCCUCCUCCUUGCUUCUCCCCUCCCACCUCCCUGCUUCCCCCCUCCUUCCUCCCCGCUUCCCCCCUCCCUCCUCCCUGCUUCCCCCCUCCCACCGCUCUGCUUCAACAACAACAGCACAGUGAUCUCUACCUAG